CCACUCUCCUCCACACUGUCCCCUCCAUCGCUCCCAUCAACUCAAUUCCAUUCCCCGUCCACGCCAACCUCGGUAAGCUCCUGGUGCCAUCCGCUGUCCAGCCUCCUUCCUCUUGUGGGUAAACAAACAUCUCCACUCGAUCCCCCUGUUUCUCCCGUCGCUUCGUUCGCGGGACUCUUUUCCAACCAAAGUUCCUCGCCCAACCCCGUCCCCAUUCCUUUCAUUCCAUUCCCCGUCAUCCAUCAUUGCCGCCCUCCACACCGAUCUUCUGCUUGGUCUGGAUCGUUGCUGGGUUUCGCCCUGAUCCACUAGUCCCCGAUUGACCUUAUCGCGCGCAUCCGAGAUCCUUCCUUCCUCGCACCUCCCAUCAUCCGCAACCAUGUCCGUCAAAUUCGAAGAUGAGGCCGCGCGAUCCCUCCGCAAGGACACCAAGGAGUUGGCGCAUAAGGUCGGCGAGCGCUUGACCGGAGGAAACUCUGAGACCGGCUAUCUGGCUCUCUAUCUCCGACAACUGCAGUCGAACCCGCUGCGAACCAAGAUGUUGACAUCCGGUGUUCUCUCGGGUCUGCAAGAAAUCCUGGCUUCGUGGAUCGCGCAUGAUGUCAGCAAGCAUGGACACUACUUCAGCGCCCGCGUGCCGAAGAUGCUUCUCUACGGAAUGUUCAUCAGUGCCCCUCUGGGUCACUUCCUCGUCGGCAUUCUCCAGAAGAUCUUCGCCGGCCGCACGAGUCUGAAGGCCAAGAUCCUGCAGAUUCUCGUCAGCAACCUGGUGGUCUCCCCCAUCCAAAAUGCCGUCUAUCUCACCUCGAUGGCCGUCAUUGCCGGUGCGCGCACGCUGCACCAGGUCCGCGCCACCGUCCGCGCGGGUUUCAUGCCCGUCAUGAAGGUCAGCUGGGUGACUUCGCCCAUCGCGCUGGCGUUCGCGCAGAAGUUCCUGCCCGAGCACACCUGGGUGCCGUUCUUCAACAUCAUCGGGUUCAUCAUCGGAACCUACGUCAACACCCACACGAAGAAGAAGCGUUUGGAGGCUCUGAGACGGCGCUACGACCAACGCCGCGGGCCCGGCGGACCCGGCAGCGAAUACGACAAGGAAUACCGGUAAAUAAGGUUAAGGCGUGCAGCACUUGCUGUUGAGCUAGCCAUCUAUCCGGUCCCAAUCUCCAACUCCAAUUUAUAAGCAAUUGUCAAGAACGUGCAAUGGGACCGGGAUAUUUCGCCGUGUUUACUAUUUGCUUUCCUGCCUGUUAUCCUAUCCUAAUCCCGGAGAUCGUUCUCUUCCAUCUCCUAUCCUCUUCCCCUCUUCCUGUCUCAUCUCCUUUCUUGUGUCUUGUCCAGACGAAGAGAUGCUUCACUGUUAUGAUGUAUG